GCACGGAACCAUAGAACAGCGCACGGGGCAGCCCCGCGGGGACCCGGAAGCUAUUCCUGCUCGGACAGGAAGUCGCCCUCCCUCCGCCUCUCGCUCUCUUUCUGCCUCCAUCUUGCGCCCGGCUCGUCCUGUACAAAAUGCCUGGUGAAGCCACAGAAACUGUUCCAGCAACAGAACAUGAGCUGCCACAGCCUCAUGCUGAGACAGUAACUCUACCCCCAGUUCCUGGGGUCCCCAUGGAAGUGAUGCAGACAACUGAGGAGUCCAAACCAGUUGCCACCAAGAAUCCUGAGGUGGCAGGCAAGGGUUCUCAGGCUGGGACUGCUCUGGAGCCAUCAGCUCCUGCCACUCCAAACCCUUUUGCUGGUGCUUCUGAAGCACCUGCAGCCUGUUUUUCUCAGCUUCCUAUUCAAGCACCAGCUGCUGUUUCCGGCUCCUCUGUAUCUAGCGCUGCCCACCCUCCCUCUUCAUCCCAUGAUGCUAACUCCCCCCUUGCUGGACUCUGUCCUUCCAGCACUCCACUAGCACCUACUGACCUUGCUGCCUCACCUGGGCAGCUUUUCUCCUUUGUGGCUCCUCCUCCCUCCUCCUCCCCAAUGUCAGUCUCUCCUGGCUCAGCCUUGCCUUCUAGUGUCCCAGCUGUGGUGACCCAGAUUGCUUCCUCUCCCCUGAAGCCUCCGGAUCUGGCUGAUGCUGCACAAAAAGUUAGCUCCUUCUCUCCCAGCAUUGCCGUAGGGCCUGCAGCUUCUGCCCCAGUCUCAAUAAUUUCCUCUGGGUCUCUUAGUUCAGCUCAUCCAGCUACCCCUGUGAGCCCACCACUGGCAACAUCUGCAGGCCCAGUUCCUCAGGUGCCAUCGUGUCCUAUUCCAGCUCCCUUCAUUCUCCCAGUUGCUCCUGUUUCUCCUCCUCUGGUCCUUGGACCCACUGUUCUCCCUGUGGUAUCAAGCACAGUUCCUCUCAGCUCUCCUGUCAGUCCCACAGUCCCAAAGCCUCAUAUCACUAUGAUAUCGCCUGCUUCUCCUUCUAGACCCAAUAAUUCUGUUACAGCACCUCUUUCUCCUCUACCCUUUGCAGUGACUACUCAAGGCCCUGCAGCCUCUCCAGUGCCAGCAUCUAGUCCUGUGGCACCCCCAGGGCCACCUGUGGGAUCUGCUUGCCACCCUGUGACUCCUCCUUUGGCACCUAUAGCUGGCCCUGCAGCACCUGCUUCCUGCCCCUUAGCUUCUGUGUUGUGCCCUGGUGCCCCUCCUUUGUCCCCAGCAGUGCCUGCUCCUAGACAACUGAUACCUGCAGGGCCACCUGUGAAACCUGCUUCUGGGCCUGCGGCUCCUGUUUUGGCACCUGUUUCUGGCCCUGCAUUUGUGGCUCCAGCAGGGCCUGCUCAUGCACCCCUGCUACCUGCAGGGCCAUCUGUGAAACCUGCUUCUGCUUCUUGUCCCGUAUCACCUGUUUCUAAGUCUGUGACUCCUGUUUUGACACCUGUUUCUGGUUCUGUUUCCCCUCCUGUGUCCCAAGGAGUACCUGCCCCUAUUCUGUUGGCACCUGCAGUACCAACAGUGAAACGUGAAUCUCCUGCACCUACUUCUGGCCCUCUAACCUCAGCUCUGCCUGUUUCUCAGCCUGUGGCCCCUGUUCUGGCUCCUCCUUCUGCCGCUGUAACCCCAGCAGGGCCUGCUUCUAGUCCUGUGACUCCUCCUUUGGCUACUGCUUCAGGACCUAUAUCUUCUGAUGCUCCAGUAGGAGUCGUUCCUCAACCACUGGCACCCGCAGCUUCUCCUUUGCCACCAGCUUCUGAUCCUGUGGCUCCUCCUCCUGGCCCUGUGACUCUAGGGGCAUCUGCCUCUAGUCCCAUGGCUCCUCCUUUGCCGCCUCCUUCUGGAUGUGCAACUCCUCCUAUAGUUGCAUCAGACAUUGCUUCUAAGCCACAAGCACUUGCAGUGCUGCCUGUGAAACCACCACCUCCAUCAGCACCUGCACCUGGUCCUUUAACCACAGCAGGGCCUGCUUCUAGUCCUUCGGCACCCCCUCCUGGACCUGUGGCCCCAGCAGGGUCUCUUCCUAGAUCAUUGGUAUCUGCAGUGCCACCUGUGAAACCCGAUUCCCCUUCAGUUUCUGCUUCUAGCUCUGUGGCCCCAGGAGGACCUCCCCCUAGACCUGGGGCACCUCUUGCCGAAGCUGUGCCUCCUCCUUUGGCACCUGUUUCUGGCUCCAUAACCACUCCUGUGGUUGCAAAAGCACCUGCAUCCAAACAAGUGGCACCUACAGUUCCACCUAUGGCAUCUACUGCUUCUUGCCCUGUGGCUUUUCAUCCCAUGACUCCUCUUCUGGCACCUGUCUCUGUUCCUGGGGUUGCUUCCUGUCCCUUGGCCUCAGCAGGGCCGGUUCCUAUGGCCCCAACAGAAGUGCCUGUAUCUAGUCCUGUCACCCCAGCAGGGCCUGCAUCUAGUCCUUUGAUCCCUACUUCUGGACCUGAGGCCCCAGCAGUGGUCCCUCCUAGACCACUUCCCUCCACAGGGCCACCUCUGAAACCUGCUUCUGGACCUGUGGUUCCUCCUUUGGUGCCCCCAUCUGGGUCUUUGGCACAUCCUGCAGUACCAGAAGGGGUUGCUUCUAAGCCAGUGCCACCUGUGAAACCUACUUCACCUUUGUCACCUACUUCUGGUCCUGUUUCCCCAGCAGGGACCCUUCCUAAGCCACUGGCCCCCACAGGCUCAGCAAUGAAACCUCCUUCAUCCCAGCCUGUGGCUCCUCCUCUGGCACCUCCUGUGGGCCCAGCAGGGCUUGUUUCUAAGCCAGUGCCUCCUGAAAAACCUGCAUCUCCUUUGACACCUACACCUGGCCCUGUGGCCCCAGCAGGGCCUCCUUCUGGUCCUACACCUGCCCCUGUAACUCCUCUUGUGGCCCCAACAGUGCCUGCUCCUACCCCUUUGGCACCCGCAGUGCCUGUUGCAAAGCCUGCUUCUCCUUUGGCAGCUGCACCUGAGCCCGUAGUUCCCCCUGUAUCCCCAGGUGUGCCUGCCUCUAGCCCUGUACCCUCAACAGCUCCCUCAGUGGCCCCUCCAGUUCUCCCUGUAACUUCUGCAGCUGGCCCCAAAGGCCCUUCUGUAGACUCCUCUGUAUCUGUGACCCCCACUGCUUCCCCUAAGUCUCCCGUUGUUUCUGCUUCUGGCUCAGGAGCCUCCCCAGUGUCACCUGUUGUCUCUGCUCCUGGCACUGUGGCCACCACUUCCCCACUGGCUGCUUCUACAUCCUCUGCCACCCCGAGCACUCCUGCCCCUCUUUCUCUGGUGACCCCUGCCUCUGCUGUCCCUUUUGGCUCUGCUGCCUUGCCCUUGGAUGUGACCCAGGUCCCUGUCAGCUCUGCUGGGGAUAAGGCACCUCCACAAAAAACAACACCUUUGCCUCUUGCACCUGCUGAUCUUUCUGUUUCUGCCACAGCUACAAGCAGUCUCACUCAGCCUGAUUCCCCUGUGCCACCUCCUACUUCCCCUGUAAAAAAGCUAACUCCCUCUGCUGUGCUUCCUAAGCCAUCACCAGUUUCACCUGCAUCUGGUCUAGCAUCUGAAGUGCCACCCAAACCCCCCACCCCUGUCCCUGCUGUCAUUGAAGACGACGAGUUGCCGCCCUUGAUCCCUCCAGAGGUGCCUGCUGGGGAGCAACCUCUGCAGCCAAUCCUGGUGGAUUUCUCUCCCAAACAAGCUGUGGCCCUUGCUGAGGCCCCAGCAACUGCUCCUCCUGCUCCUCUUCCUCCUCCUGCCAAACAGCCUGUCCUGAAGAAUGAUAAGGGGUCUGGAACAGAAUCUGACAGCGAUGAGUCAGUGCCAGAACUUGAAGAACAUGACCCUACGCAUGCCACAACACAUCGGACAGAGCUUGCAGCAGCAGCUGAAAUAGAUGAAGAACCAGUUAGCAAAGCCAAACAGAGUCGGAGUGAAAAGAAAGCACGGAAGGCAAUGUCUAAGCUUGGCCUUCGUCAAGUCACAGGUGUAACCAGGGUUACAAUCCGGAAAUCCAAGAACAUCCUGUUUGUCAUCACCAAGCCAGAUGUCUACAAAAGUCCUGCAUCAGAUACCUAUAUAGUAUUCGGUGAAGCAAAGAUUGAAGAUCUCUCGCAGCAAGCACAGCUGGCUGCUGCAGAGAAAUUCAAAGUGCAAGGAGAAGCCGUUUCAAACAUUCAGGAAAACACACAGACUCCCACUGUACAAGAGGAGAGUGAAGAGGAAGAGGUUGACGAGACUGGUGUCGAGGUGAAAGACAUCGAAUUAGUGAUGUCCCAAGCGAAUGUUUCCCGGGCAAAAGCCGUUCGUGCCCUGAAGAACAACAGUAACGAUAUUGUAAACGCUAUUAUGGAGUUGACGAUGUAGCCACCCAGGAAGGGGAACUUUUUGGUUGUUUCAGAGGAGAGUAAAUUGCAGCUGAAUUAAAUUUGUACUAUUUCUAUCAAUUAAUAAAAGUUGUGGUUUCAAAGGUU